AUGGCUGAUGCGAACGCAGAAUGCAACAUCAAGGUGUUAUGUCGUUUUCGUCCACUGAACCAGUCCGAAAUUGUCCGCGGAGAUAAGUUCAUCCCUGUAUUUCAAGGAGAUGACACUGUCAUCCUCGGGGGGAAAUCUUAUGUGUUUGACCGGGUCUUCCCUGUUAAUACCACCCAGGAGCAAGUCUACAAUACCUGCGCCAAGCACAUCGUCAAAGAUGUGCUGGGGGGAUACAAUGGAACCAUCUUUGCCUAUGGCCAGACAUCCUCUGGAAAGACACACACCAUGGAGGGAAAACUUCAUGAUCCUCAGGGGAUGGGCAUCAUUCCCAGGAUUGCGGAGGACAUCUUUGAACACAUAUUCGCCAUGGAUGAGAACCUCGAGUUCCACAUAAAGGUGUCCUAUUUUGAGAUCUACAUGGAUAAAAUCCGGGACCUGCUGGAUGUGACAAAAACCAACCUGUCGGUGCAUGAAGACAAGAACAGGGUUCCCUAUGUGAAGGGCUGCACCGAGCGCUUCGUAACAAGUCCUGAGGAAGUGAUGGAUGUCAUAGAUCAAGGCAAAGCCAACCGCCAUGUUGCUGUCACCAACAUGAAUGAGCACAGUUCUCGAAGCCACAGUAUCUUCCUGAUAAACAUCAAACAGGAGCACGUGGAGACAGAGCAGAAACUGAGCGGGAAACUUUACCUGGUCGACUUGGCAGGAAGUGAGAAGGUCAGUAAGACGGGCGCUGAGGGAGCAGUUCUGGAUGAGGCCAAGAACAUCAACAAGUCUCUGUCAGCCCUGGGGAACGUAAUUUCAGCCUUGGCGGAGGGAACGAAAACCCACGUGCCGUAUCGUGACAGCAAGAUGACUCGCAUCCUGCAGGACUCUCUGGGUGGGAACUGUCGUACUACCAUGUUCAUCUGUUGCUCUCCCUCCAGCUACAAUGACGCAGAGACCAAAUCCACCCUGAUGUUUGGCCAACGGGCUAAGACCAUCAGGAAUACAGUGUCAGUGAACCUGGAGCUGACAGCAGAGCAGUGGAAGAGGAAAUUUGAGAAGGAGAAGGAGAAGAACAGGAUGAUGAAGGAGACCAUUCAGAGACUAGAAGCUGAGCUGAGCCGAUGGAGGAAUGGUGAGGAUGUUCCAGAGACAGACCAGCUGACCCCGGGGGCAGCAGAGGUCCAUCCAAUUCCCCCUGAGGCCGAGGAGCCGCUGCCAGACAUCUGCAGCCCCGCCUCCCUGGCCUCCUCCAUUGUGGUGCGGAUCUCCGAGGAGGAGCGGCAAAAGUAUGAGGAGGAGAUCCGCAAGCUCUACAAACAGCUGGAUGACAAGGAUGACGAGAUCAACCACCAGAGCCAGAUGGUUGAGAAACUGAAGGAGCAGAUGCUGGAUCAGGAGGAGCUCCUGGCAUCGUCUCGUGGGGACAGUGAGAAGGUCCAGUCUGAGCUGAGCAGGCUGCAGACUGAGAAUGACUCAGCCAAGGCAGAAGUGAAAGAGGUGCUGCAGGCCCUGGAAGAGCUAGCAGUCAACUAUGACCAGAAGAGUCUGGAGGUGGAGGAGAAGAGCAUGCAGAGCAAGCUGCUGGCAGAGGAGCUGGCUAAGAAAAUGGCUCUCCUGAUGGCAUUGGAGGCAGAGCUUUCCCGUAUCCAGGAAGCGAGCGGGAACCAGAGGAAGCGCAUUGCUGAGAUCCUCAACGGACUGAUGAGGGAUCUGAAUGAGUUCAGCACCAUCAUGGGAAACGGAGACCUCAAGCUGCCCAUUGAAAUCACAGGGGCAAUCGAGGAGGAAUUCACGGUGGCACGUCUCUACAUCAGCAAAAUCAAGUCAGAGGUGAAGUCCAUGUUGAAGCGCUGCCGUCACCUAGAGAAUCUUCAGAUGGAGUGUCACCGCAAGAUGGAGGAGACUGGAAGAGAGCUGUCCUCCUGUCAACUUCUAAUUUCACAGCAUGAGGCGAAGAUCCGUUCUCUCACAGAGUACAUGCAGAACAUGGAACUGAAGAAGAGACAGCUGGAGGAAAGCUAUGACUGUGUGACCGAGGAGCUAGCCAAACUCCAAGCUCAAGAGACCAUGUCACAGCUGGUCAGAUGGGAGAAGCAGACAGCUGCCCAAGGACCAAGUGAUGUAAAGGUAAAACCUCAGAGGGCCCUGGAGCAGCAGAUGGAGUCACACCGUGAGUCACACAGUAAGCAGCUGGGCCGCCUACGAGACGAGAUCAAUGAAAAGCAGAAGCUCAUCGACGACCUAACCGAUCGUAACCAGAGGCAGCAUCUCGAACUGGAACAACUGCAUGGUGACUUUGAGCAUCUGAGGAGCCAGGAACAUCACAAGAGCCGGCAGCUGGAGGAGCUGACAUUUCUCCACGAGCGGCAUGAGCAGUCUAAACAGGAUCUCAAAGGGCUGGAGGAAACUGUCGCUCGGGAACUGCAGACCCUCCACAACCUUAGGAAGCUUUUUGUCCAAGACCUCACGACUCGAGUUAAAAAAAGUUCGGAAAUGGAGCCUGAUGAUAGCGGGGGGUAUACCACCCAGAAGCAGAAGAUCUCCUUUCUUGAAAACAACCUGGACCAGCUUACAAAAGUUCACAAACAGUUGGUACGUGACAAUGCAGAUCUUCGCUGUGAGCUUCCAAAACUGGAGAAACGUCUUCGGUCUACGGCUGAGCGAGUUAAGGCCCUGGAGGGUGCACUGAAGGAGGCCAAAGAAGGAGCCAUGAAGGACCGGCGCCGAUAUCAGCAGGAGGUGGAGCGCAUCAAAGACGUGAUGAGAACCCGGCACCCCCUACGCAGGCCCCAUGCUGCACAGAUAGCCAAACCUGUGCGGCCUGGCCAAUAUACGGCAUGCUCUCCUACCAACCCCUUCUUCAUACGUGGCUACCAUGAUCACCCCGUCGCCCUCAGCAGCACUUUCUUCAACAGCAGUAACAGCCAACAAGCCCCACAUGCUGAGCCCUCAGCCCCAGAGCCAGCCGAUGAUGAAUCAAGCACCCACCAGGCCAGCACCAACCAGAACAGUCCUAUCAAGCAGACUGAUUCCCAAAACAAUGAUACCUGUGACAAUGAUGCUCUCAACAAAAUGCCCCCAGCUGAACCAGUGAACACAACAGAGGAAGCUGCUGAGAGGCUCGACUCAGAAAAUGGAAACACAACAGAUAUCAAUGAUAACAGCGUGUGUCUGAGUGUGAGUUCUGUGUCCAGAAGUCACAUCUGUGAUAACCAUGACCCAGCCAAACUCUAUGACCUGCACACCGAGGCUUCCCCCAGCUAAUGACCCACAGCAGGAAAAAUCAUGCCAACUACUGAACCACCCAAUGGACUGUGGCAAAGAAACAGCAAGACUCCUCAAUCAAAUGAAACUUCCAGCUAUG